UGUGACACUUGCAUCCUAUAAAGUGGCAUGGAAUAUUGCCCGUGCUAAAAAACCAUACAACGAAGGCGAGUUUUUAAAACAGUGUUUUGUAGAUUUAAUUGACAUUUUGGCUCCAGAUAACAAACAACUCAAAGAUUCCAUCACUGAUCUCCAGAUGUCACGACACACAGUUGAAACCAGAAUAUCAGACAUAAAUAAUGCGCUUGAAUCUGAUCUACAUGCAGACCUGAACGCAUGUGCUUAUUUUAGUGUAGCAUUAGACGAGUCAUGCGACAUACAGGACAAGCCACAGUUGGCAAUAUUUGUACGAAUGAUUUCUGAGGACUGCGUGGUGAAAGAAGAGCUUCUCGAUAUUGUCCCAUUAAAAGACAGAACUCGCGGCACUGACGUAAAAGAAGCAAUGAUGGAAGUAUUCAAAACAGCGAAUAUGUCUUUAGAAAAACUCACCGCAAUAGCCACGGAUGGAGCGCCAUCGAUGAUUGGUUCUGUGAACGGCCUUGUGGGCCUUUGUAAGGGUGAUGACCUCUUCCCCGAUUUUUGGAAUUUUCACUGCAUCAUCCACCGGGAGCAACUCGUGUCUAAAACACUGAAUUUAGACCACGUCAUGAAACCUAUGAUGGAGAUUGUGAACUACAUCCGCACGCAUGCCCUUACUCACCGACAGUUCAAAAAUCUCAUUGCUGACCUAGACGGAGACUUGCCAGGUGACUUGCCACUGCACUGCGCUGUAAGAUGGCUCUCAAGAGGUAAAGUGGUUUCACGCUUUUUGGAGCUUUUGGAACCAGUAAAAUUGUUUAUGGCAGAAAAGAACAAAAGUUACCCUCAGCUCUCAGACCCCAAAUGGCUUAUGGAUUUGGCUUUCUUAGUGGACAUGCUUUCACACUUGGACAAACUAAACCUGGACCUGCAGGGGAAAUUAAAAACUCUUCCUGAUCUGACACAAAGUGUAUUCUCCUUUGUUAACAAGGUGAAGCUGUUCAAAGUGCACAUUCAAAAUGGCAAUCUGUCCCAUUUUCCUUCAUUGCGCAGCGCCCAGCAGAAGGCUGGCAUUAGAAUGAAUAUGGGUCAGUACGUGAAAAUGCUUGCGCAACUGUACGGGAGCAUUACUUCGCGUUUUGAGGACCUGCAGCAGAAAAGACCACAGAUCGCUCUUCUCAUCGACCCUUUUAAUGCAGAGGCAGACUGCCUCAAAUCCCCGCUUGUCACUGAUGAGGCAGCGAGUGAACUGGAGAUGGUUGAGCUACGCGAGGAUGACAGACUGAAAUCUCUUUUGAAAGAAGGCCCUGUUGCGUUUUGGAGAGUUGUGCCAACUGAAAAAUACCCGUGUGUAAAAAGAGCCGCCCUCAAACUGCUGUCGAUGUUCUCCUCAACAUAUGUCUGCGAAUCCCUGUUUUCUACCUUGAAACACGUGAAGUCCAAGCAUCGGUCCGUUCUGACUGACACUCACGUAAAGGAACUGCUCCGAGUGGCUACAACUGAAUACCAACCUGAUUUGCAGAGGAUUACUAGAAACAAGAGAUGCCAGAAAUCCCACUGAGAUUAUCACCCCAUCACCUCCAGCAAGGUCAGCGCGUGGUGUGGCUCUUGGACUUUCACAGUUAAAGAUUUCGGCUCUUUGUGUCUAACUUGUUCGCCAC